CUGUCCCAAGUCAAGUUUAGUGUCAAAGGUUCACUAUAAAGAGCUGAAUCCAGCAGUUGGAGCGCCCAUUUUGACCAGCCUCAGAACCAGCUGAGACGGGGACAUCCAGCACGGAAACAUCAUGGUCAAACUACAGUUUCCAAAUCCUGGAUUGACACAGAGAAUACCUUCCCACAGAGACCUGGAAACUAUUGAGGCUGCAGAGGCAGAAACGAGACCCAAAUGGGACAACAAGGCACAAUACAUGCUCACCUGUAUUGGCUUUUGCGUAGGGUUGGGCAAUGUAUGGCGAUUCCCUUAUCUCUGCCAGAGUCAUGGAGGAGGAGCGUUUAUGAUCCCUUUCCUCAUUUUGCUUGUUCUGGAAGGAAUCCCAUUGCUCCACCUUGAAUUUGCCAUUGGGCAAAGACUCAGAAAAUGUAGUGUGGGAGUCUGGAGUGAGGUCCACCCAACCCUGAAGGGAGUAGGUUUGGCAGCAAUGCUGGUCUCUUUCCUUGUGGGUUUAUACUAUAAUACAAUUAUUGCCUGGGUGAUGUGGUAUUUCUUCAACUCGUUCCAAGAACCACUCCCCUGGAGUCAGUGUCCUCUCAAUAUAAACAAUACAGGUUUUCUAGAUGAAUGUGCAAGGAGUUCUGCUGUUGAUUACUUUUGGUACAGGAAGACCUUAAACAUCUCCACUUCUAUUGAUGAUUCUGGGACGGUGCAGUGGUGGCUUCUGCUGAGUUUGGCUUGCGCCUGGGGAGUGCUGUACGUGUGCACCAUCAGAGGCAUUGAAACAACAGGAAAGGCAGUGUAUAUAACCUCAACGCUUCCUUAUGUUGUGCUUACCAUCUUCUUGAUCCGUGGCUUAACACUCAAAGGCUCUGUCAGUGGAAUUGUAUUUCUUUUCACACCUGAUGUCAAUGAAUUAGCUAACCCGACCACAUGGCUAGAUGCUGGAGCACAAGUAUUCUUUUCUUUCUCCCUUGCCUUUGGAGGCCUCAUCUCAUUCUCUAGUUACAAUUCAAUUCACAAUAAUUGUGAGAAGGAUGCUUUGAUUAUCUCGGUUAUCAAUGGUUUAACAUCCAUUUAUUCAGCCACCGUCAUAUACACCAUUAUUGGAUUCAGAGCAACAGAGCGAUACGAUGAUUGUUUUGAACAGAACAUUCUCUUGCUUACAAAUGUUUUUGAUUUGCCAGAAGGUAAUGUAACCCAAGAUAAUUUUGAACAAAUGCAAGCAUUCUGCAACGUGACCAAUCCGGCUCUUUUUCAAAGCCUUACAUUCCAGACUUGCAACUUGGACUCAUUUUUAAAUGAUGGUGUUGAAGGAACAGGCUUAGCAUUUAUUGUCUUCACUGAAGCUAUAACCAAAAUGCCCGUCUCACCACUGUGGUCCAUCCUCUUCUUUAUCAUGCUGUUCUGCUUGGGUUUAUCGUCUAUGUUUGGGAAUAUGGAAGGUGUCAUGGUACCUCUAGAAGAACUCAAAAUAAUACCCAAAAAAUGGCCUAAGGAACUUGUCACAGGUCUCAUUUGUGUGGUGUCUUUCUGGAUCGCCAUAAUUUUUGUGCUGAACUCUGGAAACUACUGGCUGGCUUUAUUUGACAACUUUGCUGGAUCCAUUCCAUUGCUGAUCAUAGCUUUCUGUGAGAUGUUUUCAGUCGUCUAUAUAUAUGGAAUAGACAGAUUUAACGACGAUAUUGAGUUUAUGAUUGGGCAUAAACCCAAUAUUUUCUGGCAGGCGACCUGGAGAGUUAUUAGCCCUCUCAUUAUGUUAGUUAUUUUCCUUUUUUACUUUGUGGUGAAAGUGGGAGAAAGACUAGAAUAUAACAUCUGGGACCCUGAUUAUGAUCAAUUUCCCAAAUCAAAAUCAGUGGAAUACCCUAACUGGGUUUAUGCCAUUGUUGUCAUCCUUGCGGGAGUACCCAGCCUGUGUAUUCCUGGAUAUGCCAUCUACAAAGGCAUUGCAACUUUGGUGAAGAGAAGAGAUCCCGGACGGCAGGAUCUAGUUAAUGCCAUCUCAGAAAUGUCAAUAAAUGGAGAACUGAGGAAUAAGGUGUAAUGCACUCUUCUGGAACACAAUGGGAAAAAAAGACUUAUCACCGAGAGAAUCCAAAACAUUG